AUGAGCAGGCUGGGGUCGGGUCUCCGGGAUAAGGAGGGUUGUUUGGCUUUGGGAUAUUAUCCGUGGGAGCAGAGCUUGGAGGAGACCUUGUGGGAUGUUCACGGAACGCCAGGCACCAAAAGGCGAAGCAUCCCCCUGCAGGACCAGCACUUGGCCCUGGCCAUCCUGCUGGAGCUGGCUGUGCAGAGAGGCACGCUGAGCCAAAUGUUGUCUGCCAUCCUGUUGUUGCUUCAGCUGUGGGACAGCAGGGCACAGGAAACUGACAAUGAGCAUUCUGCCCAGGGCACCAGCGCCUUGCUUUUGCACUUGCUGCAAAGGUUCCAGAGCAUCAUUUGCAGUAAGGAUACACCCCACUCCGAGGGCGACAUGCACCUUUUGUCUGGCCCUCUGAGCCCCAAUGAGAGUUUCCUGAGGUACCUCACCCUUCCACAAGACAACGAGCUUGCCAUUGAUCUGCAGCAAACGGCGGUUGUUGUCAUGGCCCAUUUAGACCGUCUGGCUACACCCUGUAUGCCUCCACUGUAUAGCUGUCUGACGUCUCAUAAGUCAUUUUUUACAGGUCAGAACUGUAGAAAUAAUGAGGAAGUGACACUUAUAUGCAAAGCUGAUUUGGAGAACCAUAAUAAAGAUGGAGGCUUCUGGACUGUGAUUGAUGGGAAAGUGUAUGAUAUAAAGGACUUCCAGACACAGUCGUUACCAGGAAAUAGUAUUCUUGCUCAGUUUGCAGGGGAAGACCCAGUGGUAGCUUUGGAAACUGCUUUCCAGUUUGAAGACACCCAGGAAUCCAUACAUGCAUUUUGUGUUGGCCAAUAUUUGGAGCCUGACCAAGAAGUUAUCACCAUACCAGAUCUGGGAAGUCUCUCUUCACCUCUGAUAGACACAGAGAGGAAUCUGGGCCUGCUUCUCGGAUUACAUGAUUCCUAUUUAGCGAUGAGCACACCACUAUCUCCUGUCGAGAUUGAAUGUGCCAACACAGUUCCUAAGAAGCCAGAAUCUACGGAUGAUGAAGAAAAAAUUGGAAACGAAGAGAGUGAUUUAGAAGAAGCCUGCAUUUUGCCUCAUAGUCCAAUAAAUGUGGACAAGAGACCCAUUGCAAUUAAAUCACCCAAGGACAAAUGGCAGCCGCUGUUGAGUACUGUUACAGGUGUUCACAAAUACAAGUGGUUGAAGCAGAAUGCUCAGGGUCUUUAUCCGCAGUCUCCACUCCUCAGUACAAUUGUUGAAUUUGCCCUUAAAGAAGAGCCAGUGGAUGUGGAAAAAAUGAGAUAGUGCCUACUAAAACAGUUGGAGAGAGCAGAGGUUCGCCUGGAAGGGAUAGAUACAAUAUUGUAUCUGGCGAGCAAGAAUUUCUUACUUCCGUCUGUGCAGUAAGUGAUGUUUUGUGGAUGGCAAAGACUUAUUCCUGAAGGAAUCGAUAUAGGGGAACCUCUUACUGAUUGUUUAAAGGAUGUUGAUUUGAUCCCACCUUUUAAUCGGAUGCUGCUGGAAGUCACCUUUGGCAAGCUGUAUGCUUGGACUGUUCAGAACAUUUGAAAUGUUUUGAUGGAUGCCAGUGCCAAAUUUAAAGAGCUUGGUAUCCAGCCGGUUGCCCUGCAAACCAUCACCAAUGAGAACCUGUCGGGACCGAGCCUGGGGAGCAUCCCGCAAGCCCGCUUCCUCCUGAUGAUGCUCAGCAUGCUCACCCUGCAGCACGGCGCAAACAACCUCGACCUCCUGCUCAAUUCCACCACGCUGGCCCUCACUCAGACGGCACUGUGCCUGAUUGCCAUUUCCAAAUACAAGACUGAUGAAGAUUAUCCUCAUCUCAUAUUUUCUUCUAUCUUAGCUGUGCAUUUGUUGCAAGCAGUCCUUCCGUCAUGGGACAAGACCGAAAGGGCGAGGGACAUGAAAUGCCUCGUGGAGAAGCUGUUUGACUUCUUGGGGAGCUUGCUCACUACCUGCUCCUCUGACUUGCCGUUACUCAGAGAGUCCAUGCCAAGGCGGCGCAGGGUGCGCCCGCAGGCCUCGCUGACUGCCACCCACAGCAGCACACUGGUGGAGGAGGUGGUGGCACUGCUGUGCACGCUGCACUCCCUGACUCAGUGGAAUGGGCUCAUCAACAAGUACAUCAACUCCCAGCUCCGCUCCAUCACCCACAGCUUUGCGGGAAGGCCUUCUGAAGGGGCCCAGUUAGAGGACUACUUCCCCAACUCUGAGAACCCUGAAGUAGGGGGCCUCAUGGCGGUCCUGGCUGUGAUUGGAGGCAUCGAUGGUCACCUGUGCCUGGGCGGCCAAGUUGUGCACGAUGAGUUUGGAGAAGGCACCGUGACUGGCAUCACCCCGAAGGGCAAAAUCACCUUGCAGCUCUCUGACAUGCGGAUGUGUCGCGUUUGCCCAUUGAAUCAGCUGAAACCACUCCCUGCCGUGGCCUUUAAUGUGAACAAGCUGCCCUUCACAGAGCCCAUGCUGUCUGUCUGGACUCAGUUGGUGAACCUCGGUGGAAGCAAGUUAGAAAAGCACAAAAUAAAGAAAUCGACUAAACAGGCCUUUGCAGGACAAGUGGACCUGGACCUGCGUACAAAGAAGUGUGCGAAGGUGAUGUUGGCAAAGUCAUCAAGCUGGACAGAGAUGGAUUGCAUGAUCUCAGUGUGCAGUGUGACUGGCAGCAUAAAGGGGGCACCUACUGGGUUAGGUACAUUCACGUGGAACUUAUGCUAUCCUCCACCAAGUUCUUCUCACAUCAAGAUUGGUGAUAAAGUGCGGGUCAAAGCCUCUGUCACCACACCAAAAUACAAAUGGGGAUCUGUGACUCAUCAGAGUGUGGGGGUUGUCAAAGCUUUCAGUGCCAAUGGAAAAGAUAUCAUUGAUGACUUUCCCCAGCAGUCUCACUGGACUGGGUUGCUAUCAGAAAUAGUGUGUGAUGGAUGUCAGAUGUUUCCUGUCAAUGGAUCCAGAUUCAAAUGUAGAAACUGUGAUGACUUUGAUUUUUGUGAAACGUGAUUGAAGACCAGAAAACACAAUACCAGGCGUACAUUUGGCAGAAUAAAUGAACCAGGUCAGUCAGCGGUAUUUUGUGGCCAUUUUGGAAAACAGCUGAAGCGUUGCCACAGCAGCCAGCCAGACAUGCUGCUGGACAGCUGGUCGUCCCGCAUGGUGAAGAGCCUGAACGUGUCGUCCUCCGUGAACCAGGCAUCCCGUCUCAUUGACGGCAGUGAGCCCUGCUGGCAGUCAUUGGGGUCACAAGGAAAGCACUGGAUUCGUUUGGAGAUUUUCCCAGAUGUUCUUGUUCAUAGAUUAAAAAUGAUCAUAGAUCCUGCUGACAGUAGCUACAUGCUGUCCCUGGUUGUAGUGUCAGGUGGAAAUUCCCUGAAUAACCUUAUUGAACUAAAGACAAUCAAUAUUAACCCUUCCGACACCACAGUGCCCCUUCUGAAUGACUGCACAGAGUAUCACAGGUAUAUUGAAAUUGCUAUAAAGCAGUGCAGGAGCUCAGGAAUCGAUUGUAAAAUCCGUGGUCUCAUCCUGCUGGGACGGAUCUGUGCAGAGGAGGAAGAUUUGGCUGCAGUUCCUUUAUUAGCUUCAGAUAAUGAAGAGGAAGAGGAUGAGAAAGGCAACAGUGGAAGCCUCACUAGAAAGAAGGCUGCUGGGCUGUAAUCAGCAGCUACGAUAAGAACCAAGGUGUUUGUGUGGGGCCUGAAUGACAAGGACCAGCUGGGUGGGCUGAAAGGCUCCAAGAUAAAGGUUCCUUUGUUCUCUGAGACACUGUCGGCUUUGAAUGUGGUACAGGUGGCUGGUGGAUCUAAAAGUUUGUUUGCAGUUUUUCAUGAAGGGAAGGUAUAUGCCUGUGGAGAAGCCACGAACGGCUGGCUGGGGCUGGGCAUUUCCAGCGGGACGGUGCCCAUCCCAUGGCAGACCACAGCUCUCAGCAGCUACGUGGUCAAGAAGGUGGCCAUUCACUCAGUUGGCCAGCAUGUGAUGGCUUUAACUGUCGAUGGAAAAGUGUUUUUGUGGGGCGAAGGUGACAAUGGAAAACUUGGACACUCCAGCAGAAUGAACUGUGACAAGCCAAGGCUGAUCGAGGCCCUGAAAACCAAGCGUAUCCGGGAUAUCACCUAUGGGAGCUCGCACAGCGCGGCCCUCACAUCUAGUGGAGAAUUGUACACCUGGGGCCUCGGUGAAUACGGCCCGUUGGGACAUGGGGAUAAUACGACACAGCUAAAGCCCAAAAUGGUGAAAGUCCUUCUCGGUCACAGAGUUAUCCAGGUUGCAUGUGGGAGUAGAGACACACAGACCCUGGCUCUGACCAAUGAAGGUUUGGUAUUGUCCUGGGGUGAUGGUGACUUUGGAAACUUGGGCCGGGGCAGAAGUGAAGGCUGUAACAUUCCCCAGAACACUGAGAGACUAAAUGGACAGGGGGUGUGCCAGAUUGAGUGUGGAGCUCAGUUCUCCCUGGCGCUCACCAAGUCUGGAGUGGUGUGGACAUGGGGGGAAGGGGAUUACUUCAGGUUGGGCCACGGCUCUGACAUGCAUGUGCGGAAACCGCAGGUGGUGGAAGGGCUGAGAGGGAAGAAGAUCGUGCAUGUGGCCGUCCGGGACCUGCACUGCCUGGCGGUCAUGGACUUGGGGCAGGUGUAUGCUUGGGGUGACAAUGACCAUGGCCAGCAGGGCAGUGGCACGACCACGGUUAACAGGAAGCCCACACUCAUGCAAGGCUUAGAAGGCCAGAAGAUCACACGCAUGGCUUGCGGGUCGUCCCACAGUGUGGCAUGGACAACUGUGGAUGUGGCCACGCCCUCUGUCCACGAGCCUGUCCUCUUCCAGACUGCAAGAGAUGCUUUAGGUGCUUCCUAUUUAGGUGUGCCUUCAGAUGCCAAUUCUUCUGCUGCCAAUAAUAAAAUAAGUGGUGCAAGUAAUUCUAAGCCAAAUCGCCCUUCUCUUGCCAAGAUUCUCUUGUCAUUGGAUGGAAAUCUGGCCAAACAGCAGCCCUUAUCGCAUAUUCUUACAGCAUUGCAAAUCACGUAUGCCAGCCCUCAGGCUCUCACAGCAGCCCAGGAGGAUUUCUUUCUCAGGGAGAGCCAGAGUCUCAUUCUGUCCUGCCUCGCCACUUCCUGUGGUGCAGUGGAGAAGGGGCAGCUCACCACAGGCCUGGCUUUGUGUCCUGACGGAGUUGCUGUUUUCGGGGCCCUGAUGCUGGCCGCCAUGAUCGCCCCGGUGGAGUGCCCCUCAUUCUCCUCGGCGGCCCCUUCCGACACAUCUGCGAUGGCUAGUCCCAUGAAUGGAGACGAAUGCAUGCUGGCUGUUGAUAUCGAAGACAGACUGAGUCCAAACCCAUGGCAAGAAAAGAGAGAGAUUGUUUCCUCUGAGGAUGUGGUGACCCCCUCUGCAGUGACUCCAUCGGCCCCCUCAGCCUCCGCUCAGCCGUUUAUCCCAGUGACGGAUGACCUGGGAGCCGCAAGCAUCAUUGCAGAAACCAUGACCAAAACCAAAGAGGAUGUUGAAAGCCAAAAUAAAGCAGCAGGUCCGGAGCCUCAGGCCUUGGAUGAGUUCACCAGUCUGCUGAUUGCGGAUGACACCCGUGUGGUGGUAGACCUGCUCAAGCUGUCGGUGUGCAGCCGGGCUGGGGACAGGGGCAGGGAAGUGCUCUCCAUGGUGCUUUCCGGCAUGGGGACCGCCUACCCACAGGUGGCAGAUAUGCUGUUGGAGCUCUGGGUCACCGAGUUGGAGGAUGUGGCCACAGACUCGCAGAGCGGCCAUCUCUCUUCUCAGCCUGUGGUGGUGGAGACUAGCCACCCUUAUACCGAUGACACCUCCACCAGUGGCACAGUGAAGAUACCAGGUGCAGAAAGACUCAGGGUGGAAUUUGACCAGCAGUGCUCCACAGAGAGGCGCCACGACCCUCUCACAAUCAUGGGUGGUGUUAACAGGAUCGUCUCCGUGCAGUCAGGCCGAGAGUGGUCUGACUGGUCCAGCGAGCUGCACAUCCCGGGAGAUGAGUUAAAGUGGAAGUUCAUCAGUGAUGGGUCUGUGAAUGGCUGGGGCUGGUGCUUCACCAUCUAUGCCAUCAUGCCAGCUGCUGGCCCUAAAGAACUCCUCUGUGACCGCUGCAUCCUCUCCUGUCCAUCCAUGGACUUGAUGACGUGUCUGUUAGACUUCCGACUCAACCUUGCCUCUAACAGAAGCAUCAUCCCUCGCAUUGUAGCCUCGCUGGCAGCUUGUGCACAGCUGAGUGCCCUAGCAACCAGUCCCAGAAUGUGGGCCCUUCAGAGAUUGAGGAAUCUGCUUACAACUGAAUUGGGGCAAUCAAUUAACAUAAAUAGGCUGCUUGGAGAAAAUGAUGGGGAAACAAGAACUUUGAGUUUUACAGGGAGUGCUCUUGCUGCUUUGGUGAAAGGUCUUCCAGAAGCUUUGCAAAGGCAGUUUGAAUAUGAAGAUCCUAUUGUGAGGGUCGGCAAACAGCUGCUCCAGAGCCCAUUCUUUAAGGUACUGGUAGCUCUUGCUUGUGACCUGGAGCUGGACACUCUGCCUUGCUGUGCCGAGAUGCACAAGUGGGUCUGGUUCCAGAGGUACUGCAUGGCCUCCCGCAUUGCUGUGGCCCUGAACAAAAGAACACCGUUGCCCCGUCUGUUUCUUGAUGAAGUGGCUAAGAAAAUUCGUGAAUUAAUGGCAGACAAUGAAAACACGGAUGUUCUGCCUGAGAGCCAUGACAUUUUUAAAAGAGAGCAAGAUGAACAACUUGUGCAGUGGAUGAACCGGUGACCAGAUGACUGGACUGUCUCUGCUGGUGGCAGUGGAACAAUUUAUGGAUGGGGACAUAAUCAUAGGGGCCAGCUCGGGGGCAUUGAAAGCUCAAAAGUCAAAGUUCCCUCUCCCUGUGAAGCCCUUGCAACUCUCAGACCCAUGCAGUUAAUCAGAGGGGAACAGACUCUCUUUGCUGUGAUGGCUGAUGGGAAGCUGUAUGCCACUGGGUAUGGUGCAGGUGGCAGACUAGGCAUUGGAGGGACAGAGUCGGUGUCUACCCCAACAUUGCUUGAACCCAUUCAGCAUGUGUUUAUUAAGAAAGUAGCUAUGAACUCGGGAGCAAAGCACUGCCCCAUGUCUUCAGAAGGAGAAGUUUACUCUUGGGGUGAGGCAGAAGAUGGGAAGUUGGGGCAUGGCAACAGAAGUGCUAUAAAUUUCCCUCUACACACCACUUUGAAUGUGCAGAAAGGACAUCCACGCCAAAACCCCAUCUGUACAUCACCAUCAUCAAAGACCAAAGGUAGAUAAAACCACAAAGAUGGGGAAAAAGCAGAGCAGAAAAACUGGAAACUCUAAAAAUCAGAGCACCUCUCCUCCUCCAAAGGGAUGCAGCUCCUUACCAGCAACAGAACAAAGCUGGACAGAGAACAACUUUGACGAGUUGAGAGAAGAAGGAUUCAGAUGAUCAAACUACUCCGAGCUAAAGAAGGAAGUUGAACCCGUGGCAAAGAAGUUAAAAACCUUGAAAAAAAAUUAGAUGAAUGGCUAACUAGAAUAAUCCAUGCAGAUAAGUCCUUAAAGGACCUGAUGGAGCUGAAAACCAUGGCACGAGAACUACAUGAUGAAUGCACAAGCCUCAGUAGCUGAUUCGAUCAACUAGAAGAAAGGGUAUCAGUGAUGAAAGAUCAAAUGAAUGAAAUGAAGCAAGAAGAGAAGUUUAGAGAAAAAAGAAUAAAAAGAAAUGAACAAAGCCUCCAAGAAAUAUGGGACUAUGAAAAGACCAAAUCUACAUCUGAUUGGUGUACCUGAAAGUGACGGGGAGAAUGGAACCAAGUUGGAAAACACUCUGCAGGAUAUUAUCCAGGAGUACUUCCCCAAUCUAGCAAGGCAGGCCAACAUUCAGAUUCAAGAAAUACAGAGAAUGCCACAAAGAUACUCCUUGAGAAGAGCAACUCCAAGACACAUAAUUGUCAGAUUCACCAAAGUUGAAAUGAAGGAAAAAAUGUUAAGGGCAGCCAGAGAGAAAGGUCGGGUUACCCACAAAGGGAAGCCCAUCAGACUAACAGCUGAUCUCUCGGCAGAAACACUACAAGCCAGAAGAGAGUGGGGGCCUAUAUUCAACAAUCUUAAAGAAAAGAGUUUUCAACCCAGAAUUUCAUAUCCAGCCAAACUAAACUUCAUAAGUGAAGGAGAAAUAAAAUUCUUUACAGACAAGCAAAUGCUGAGAGAUUUUGUCACACCAGGCCUGCCCUAAAAGAGCUCCUGAAGGAAGCACUCAACAUGGAAAGGAACAACCGGUACCAGCCACUGCAAAAACAUGCCAAAUUGUAAAGACCAUCGAGGCUAGGAAGAAACUGCAUCAACUAAUGAGCAAAAUAACCAGCUAACAUCAUAAUGACAGGAUCAACUUCACACAUAAAAUAUUAACUUUAAAUGUAAAUGGGCUAAAUGCUCCAAUUAAAAGACACAGACUGGCAAAUUGGAUAAAGAGUCAAGACCCAUCAGUGUGCUGUAUUCAGGAAACCCAUCUCACAUGCAGAGACACAUAUAGGCUCAAAAUAAAGGGGUGGAAGAAGAUCUACCAAGCAAAUGGAAAACAAAAAAAGGCAGGGGUUGCAAUCCUAGUCUCUGAUAAAACAGACUUUAAACCAACAAAGAUCAAAAGAGACAAAGAAGGCCAUUACAUAAUGGUAAAGGGAUCAAUUCAACAAGAAGAGCUAACUAUCCUAAAUAUAUAUGCAUCCAAUACAGGAGCACCCAGAUUCAUAAAGCAAGUCCUUAGAGACCUACAAAGAGACUUAGACUCCCACACAAUAAUAAUGGGAGACUUUAACACCCCACUGUCAGCAUUAGACAGAUCAACGAGACAGAAAGUUAACAAGGAUAUCCUGGAACCGAACUCAGCUCUGCAACAAGCGGACCUAAUAGACAUUUACACAACUCUCCACCCCAAAUCAACAGAAUAUACAUUCUUUUCAGCACCACACCACACCUAUUCCAAAAUUGACCACAUAGUUGGAAGUAAAGCACACCUCAGCAAAUGUAAAAGAACAGAUAUUAUAACAAACUGUCUCUCAGACCACAGUGCAAUCAAACUAGAACUCAGGAUUAAGAAACUCACUCAAAACCACUCAACUACAUGGAAACAGAACAACCUGCUCCUGAAUGACUACUGUGGGUACAUAAUGAAAUGAAGGCAGAAAUAAAGAUGUUCUUUGAAACCAAUGAGAACAAAGACACAACAUACCAGAAUCUCUGGGACACAUUCAAAGCAGUGUGUAGAAGAAUAUUUUUAUGAAUACAAACAUGAACCACCCAGUAAGGUAAAUUUCACAAUUUCCUGCAUCCAAUAAAAAAUUACCAAGCCUGCAAGGAGCAGGAAAAUACAACUUACAUGACGAGAAAAAUCAUCAGUUGAAACUGACUCAGAAAUGAUAUCAGUGGUAGAAUUACUAUAUAAGAACUUUAUUAAAAUAGUUAUUUUAACCAUAUGCCAUAUCUUCAAGAAGCUAGAAGAGAAUUUGAAUGUGUUAGGUAAAGCCUGGAAGAUAUUUAAAUGCCCAAAUCAAAGUUCUAAAGAUGAAAAAUACAUUGGAUGGGAUUAAUGGCAGAUUAGACAUUGCAGGAAAAAAAGAUCAGUGAACUUGAAGACGUAAUGAAAGAAACUAUCCAGAAUGAAACAGAAAGAAGACUGUACAAAUGAACAGAACAUCAGAGAGGUGAGCUGUAGGCCAACCUCAGAUGUCCUAAUAUAUGCAUAAUUGGAGCCACCAAAGGAGGGGAACGUGGGGGGUUUUGAAGAAAUAAUGGCUAAAAAAUUUCCAAAUUUGUUGAAAACAAAUCCACUGAUUCAAGAUGUUUAAAAAACCCUAAGCAAAAGAAA